AUGGCCACUGGGGCAUGUCAAAUGAUGCUUCGGUGUGUCUUUGAGGGAAGUAUUUCAUUGAAUGACAUGGAGAUUGAGCGAAGGCCAUACCACAAAAACUGUGGCUGUGCAUUGCACAACUUGAAUGCUGUUUGCUCCAAAGCAUGUCCUCAGCAAAGACGUGUUUCAUUUACCAAGAAAACAUCAUGGACUGGUUGUUCCAUGCAUACAACAGCUUCAAGCUUUCUUCAGUCUUUUCUUUCUGAAACAUGA